CUCUAACAAAUCCAUAUCAUUCUUUUAUUCUCCAUUGCUACAACAUUUUUCUCAAUCAUGAAUAUGCUUAGAGAGAAUGAGCCCUUAACCCAUAACCAGAAGAACUACUUUUAUAACAAUACUACUGUGUCCUCAGAGAACUCAUUACCCUAUAAAUUCUCUUCACCGAAGCCACUUGUUGAGGUUGAGAGGUUUCCACCAUCCCCGGACCCUACCAUAGUAAAGAAGCUUAACCACAAUGCCAGUGAACGUGAUCGUCGCAAGAAGAUCAAACGCUCGAUUGCUUCACUUGGUUCGCUUCUUCCGGUGCCACAUCAAACGAAAAAAUUGAGCGUUCCGAACACAAUUUCCUUAGUCGUAAAAUACAUACCUGAGUUACAACACGAGGUAGAAGGAUUAAGUAAGAAAAAAGAGGAGCUUCUAUCGAGGAUUUCCCAGCAAGGAGAUGCAGUGAAGAAACAAUCUCAAAGGAAGAUUUCCCAACUCAAUUCUGUUUUUGUAGUUUCUGCAACUAGGCUCAACUUUAAUGAGGCUGCUAUUCAGAUUUCAUCGUAUGAGGUUUACAGGACCCCACUAUCUGAGAUCUUGCUGUUUUUAGAGAAUAAUGGAUUUUGUCUGCUAAGUGCUUCUUCCUCUGAAACCAUUGGAGGGAGGGUCUUCUAUAACUUGCAUUUACAGCUUUCCCACUUUCUUGUUUCUACCUCUGUGGGGGCUCCUCUUAUAUCCUUAGAUCAAUCUCCCCUUAUUAUUCUUAGUGACUGUGCUUCCUCUUCUUCCAUAUCGGAUUUAGAUCUCGACAGGGCAUCAAAGGCAGGGCCUUCAACUUCAGGAGUAGACGAUUGCUUUGAUUGGGAAUUGUUGGAGAUCCUUAAUAUGUGA